AGAAGGAUUGAUUGCAGAAAUAACCAAAGUGGAAUGGAUGACACUUGGUAAUGGGGUAAAAAGAAUCAGUGACAACUCCCAGGUAUACAGUUUCCUAUUAAAAUAGUGUGCUAUUGAAAUGACAUGGUAUUUUAAGCAUUGUAAAUAGCUACAUGUGAUUUGUUAAAAUAACAAAUAAACAUUUACUGACUACUAUGUGUUAUUCAUUGUGCUAAUUAUUUUACAUAGGAUAUUUCAUUUGAAUCUUAAAAACUCAAAGAAAUUCAAAGACACUCUUAUUCCCAUUUUCAGAGUAGGAAAUGAGGCACAGAGAGGUUAAAAUAACAUGACCAAGGUCACUCAGCUAAUUCUUCCAACUCAGAGGAGCAGAUCUAAAGCCCAUGCGGAAUUAGCACACAUGCCUGUAGAAUUUACAGCUAGUUCAAAUGAGAGGGGAAAAAACUGACAUUUUUUAUGUCACAUCCAGAGAAUUCUGGGGAACAGAAGAGUGUUCUACACAAAUACAACCUAUUUGGAAUUAUUUUAUAGAAACUAAUAAGACUGUACAAUUUGUUCAAGGGAUUUUUGUUGAAAAAUAUGAUCCUACGAUAGAAGAUUCUUAUAGAAAGCAAGUUGAAGUAGAUGCACAGCAGUGUAUGCUUGAGAUCUUGGAUACUGCAGGAACGGAACAAUUUACAGCAAUGAGGGAUUUGUACAUGAAGAAUGGACAAGGCUUUGCAUUAGUUUAUUCAAUCACAGCACAGUCCACAUUUAAUGACUUACAAGAUCUGAGAGAACAGAUUCUUCGAGUUAAAGACACUGAUGAUGUGAGCUUGCUCUCUAACAAAUACAUUGUUCCAAUGAUUCUGGUCGGUAAUAAGUGUGACUUGGAAGAUGAAAGAGUUGUAGGAAAGGAACAAGGUCAAAAUCUAGCAAGACAGUGGAACAACUGUGCAUUCUUAGAGUCUUCUGCGAAAUCAAAAAUAAAUGUUAAUGAGAUCUUUUAUGACCUAGUGCGGCAAAUUAACAGAAAAACUCCAGUGCCUGGGAAGCCUCGCAAAAAGUCAUCAUGUCAGCUGCUUUAAUAUACUAAAUGCAUUGUAGCUCUGAGCCAGGUCUGAAGAACUGUUGCCCAAUUCAACAGUGCCAGCAUUCCAACUUUGUUAAACCUACCAACAUCUUAAAUGGACUUUCCUGUGGUGGUACCCUUUAAGAGGCGGAUGAAAGCUACUAUAUCAGUUUGCACAUUCUAAUCACUUUCCAGUAUCACAAGAGAUUUUUACUUAUAUAAUAGUCCUUGAGUAUGCAGCUGGUAAAACCAGACGCUACACCCAGUAUUACUGCUAAGAGACAUUCUUCAUCCACCAAUGUUGUACAUGUAUGAAAAUGGUGUACUGUAUACUUUAACAUGCCCCAUACUUUGUAUUGGAGAGUACAAUAAUGUAAAUCCUGAAAGCACCACUAUUUUAGCAUAAUAAAAGAAAGUCCAAAGAGCUCCUAUAUAGACUACUCCAGAUAACUUCGCUUCUUUGAUACUUGUAGCUUAUUGUAAUUUUUUUUAAGAAAUUCAAGGUCAUUAUCAUUGUAUUGUACAAAAUAAGCGCUUUGAUUAACACAGCUGUAUAGUUUUUUUAAUUUUUAAAAAAACCUGUGGAGACAGUGAUCUUGUCUUUAAAAUAUAGUCCUUUCAGUAUAAUGUCUUAGAUUAAAGACGUUGCCUUUAAUAUCUGUUGGGAAGGAAAUGUCCAGACUUUUCAAAUCUCUUAUUAUGUUUCCUUUUUUGUUUACAUAGGGAACAAUGUUUAUAGUUGUGUGUACAGUGGGGGUCUACAACAAGAAGUGUAUAUUUUCAAACAAUUUUUUAAUGAUUUCACAAUUUUUGUAAAUCAUUUCCAGGCUUCUGCAGCUGUAGAUUCUCACUGUGAAUCCCUUGCUUGCUCAUGCAUAAGUGUAUUUGCAAUACCAAAUAUACAGGUUUAGUAUUUUUGCCUGUUAGUGAUUGUUUCACACGUGUAACGUUUUGGUUGCGAUGUUAAAUGGUGGACGAGUACUGUGGAUGUGAAUGUGGGAAGUAAUUUUAAUCAUGUGUAAUUGGUCACAAGGCCUAAUUUGCAGUAACUAUUGCUGUUUUAUUUAACAAUGCCUUGUUGCUUUGUAUGCAUUAACGUUUGGAUGUAAAGAUUGUGUGUCUAUCCAACAGGGAGCCACAGUAUUUAAAUUGACCAACCUGAUGUUACAACUACUUUGAGGUGGCCAAAUGUAAACUAAAAGCCUUAAUUAAAGUGGUGCAAUUUUGUAUAACUUAGCAUCAGUAGUUCAAUAAAUUUGGAUUGCCAUGCAAGGGCUUGCAUUAUAA